UUUAACUCACUGUCUAACAUACUUUAUACUUACUGGUGAAAAAACUUUAUCAAUGAUCUCCUGUCAUCAGUUAAUUUAAGGAAGUAUAAGCCCAUUUCUUAUUCAGUUUCUUCAACUUAAGUGCUUUUGACGGUGGGAAGAGGUAUUAUAUGUAUGCAUAAUACAUCUCAGAAUGUUUCCUGUGACUUGGACAAGCGGCUGAGAAUAUCCGAUCUAUGAUUAAAUGGUUAUCGGGGUAUGAAGACAAUGAGUAUGUCUAAUGUAACACCGGAAUCGCUGGUUCUGUCCAGUAUACUGGCGGAGUAUAAUGAUACUAACGGCACUACCCGAUCCAUGCUGGAAAGGACACCUAUGCCUCCACCUCAAGCAGACCUCGGCGCAAUCAUAGGAUUGUCCAUACUAUUUAGUGCAAUAGUGUUGGUCGGUAUCGUGGGAAAUGGCUUGGUAAUAUUUGUUAUUUUAGCUGAUCGCAAGAUGAGACAAUCUGUGACUAACAUCUUUAUUAUGAACCUCGCUAUUGCCGACUUCUUUAUCAUGGCUUUUGGUAUUCCAGAACUAGUUCAGUUUAUAAUGAACCGCGGAUGGAUAUUAGGCGGUGGCCUGUGCAAAUUUAACCGAUUUACUCUUGUUGUGUCUUUGUAUGCUUCCGUCAUGUCACUUGUGUCAGUUUGUAUAGAAAGGUUUGUCGCCAUUGUGUUUCCCAUCAAGGCGCACAUCCUGUGUACAAGAAAGAAGAUCAUUGGAGUUGUUGCUUCUAUCUGGCCAAUCGCAGUUUGUUGUGGAUUACCUACCGUUUUAUUCAACAUAGUUGUGCCCCUUGCACCAGGACAUCCAGUGUCGUUGUGUCAGUUGAUCUUUCCGACCGGACACCAUUCAACAUUUCUCGCCUUUAAAUAUUUGGAAAGUUGUUUCUAUUAUAUAAUACCUAUCAUAACACAAGUUGUUCUUUAUUCUAUAAUCGGGCGGCGACUUUACGCCAGUACCGAAGAACUCUCCACUAAGUUCCAAAUGCGACAGAACUCUAGAAAUCGGACAGACAGAGCCUACGAAACUAUACGAGCCCGGAAAGGGGUAGUAAAAAUGUUAAUUGUUAGUGUUGUGAUAUACUUUAUAAGCUACUCGCCAAUCCAAGUCCAUUUAUUUUAUAACACCUUCUCUACCACACCACUACCCACAGGCUGGCCUUUCCUGGUUUUCGUCAUGACAAUGACCCAUGUCAAUUCAGCAGCCAAUCCAGUUCUUUACUGUAUAUUCAGCCAGAAUUUUCGUCGUAACUUUAAGAAAUGCUUGUGUUAUCUCUGUUUCCGCAUGCAGAGGAAGGCGUACAGGAGGACACGGUUCGAUUCGUUUGAUUCUAAAGGAGCCUUGUCGCGUAGACCAAGUACUACUAAAACGACUGUAUCAAGGUUCUGAAAGACUUGACCUCGGUGAUAAAAGAUGCGCCAUUCUGCUCAAACAACGAGAAAGACAACGACAUACGGUAUGAUAUCAUGAUUUGACCACACAAGAAGCCGAUAGUAAUGUUUAUAUGUUUGCUAAGCAAUGCUGUACUCUCUUGGUUAGCCAUUUGGUAGAUAGUGUGACGAUUAAGAGAUAAUCGCAACCUGUUGCUUUACAUUGAAGUUUGAGUGUCCACGCCAACGCCACUCUAUUUACCGCAAGACAGGCAGUUGGCCGUUUAAAGAUGACUUGAUGAUUGACCAGUAGAAACAUCUGUCUGUUACAACAAUCUUACCCAUCGUUAGUUGGUGGGGUGGAUAUAAGAUGUGUGUCCGUGACUAACUCAGUAUGGAAAUUCUCAUAUCUUUCAGAACCGUUGGAGGUUCCGUUACAAUAAAUCAUGUAACAAAACUGUUUGUUCGCCAGUUACCAAUUGUAAAUAUAGCCAUAGUAUCCGUAUAGGUCCACGAAAAGAAACCUAUAUUGUGAUCCAUAAAAUAAGUAUCCACUUCUUGGUGUGUAGCAUUGACAAACAGAUUUAAAUAUGGUUAAAUUCUUAUCAUGAAAUGUUCUGCCGAUAAAUUCAGUUUCAGAGUAUUUUUUGGACGAUAUAAAAAGGUGAAAUUGUCGAUAAAAAUCAGACCAGACCAGACCGACGGAGGAAAAUUAUGUUGUCUGUAAAUCGUCACGAAGUCUGUUUGGUGAUGGUUGAUAAUGUUUUUGUUCCUUCCCUGCAGUUCCUGAUUAUUCGUCAUUUUACUUCUGUCAUUUGCGACUAGCUUACGGUAAUGUUUAACUAUAUGGGGCACAUGUACAAUGAUUAGGUGGUGUGUGGGAGAUGGACGUUUCCACCCACCUUUUUUCGAAUUCCAAUUACCAAGGGAUACUCUUUGUAUACUCUACACUCUGAUUUAUCUACGGGACUGCGAUUGCUCGUACCAUCCGAAAACACCUGACAAGUCGAGAACCCAUCUUAAAACAUCUCGACAUUUCGUCUUCUUUUUUUCUUAUGUCUAAAGGUUCGCAAAGUACAAUAUAGGGAUGGACACUACACCACUGGACACUAUGAUUAUACCCAUAUACCCUACUUGACGCUACCUGGCAGCUCUUGACACUACCGGGCAGCUUUGGGCUGGAUUUUAAGCGCCUGGUAAAUGGAGAAAUUAUUAAAUUAUGAAAUAUUUUCCAGAUUAAGAUUUAAAAUAAAAUGGAAUGAAAUGAAAUCGGGUUUAACUUCCCCUUGUUCUGCUCCGAAUGGGCUAAUGCAGACGGACAUAUGCCAUCCAUUGUGCUAUGAGGGACAUUUUGCCUGGACAGCGGCACUACGGCCUACUCUUAAAUCAAAGUUCAACCGUCAGGGGACAAUUGUCAUAGACGUCCCACGUUUUGCACCGAAUGGGCUAAUGAAGGUCGACUAUUUAUUGAUAACUGGUCUUGUUUUCGCACUGACGUUGGCCAGUGUUAGCUGUGCAUUUAACUUGCAUUCAAAUCAACAUGGCUUCUCACUGUGAACAAGAACAUUAUGUCUUCACGUUUAAAGUUCUCGAUGAGCCAGAUACAGGUCCGUUCAACGGAAAACACCGAAACUAAUCUUAGACGUAUCUAAAUUACUUACACCGAAAAUUUAGAAAUGAUAACUUUUAAGAUGUUUAAAAACUAGCUAGUGUUAUUAUGAAAGGCACAAUUUGGACAUUACACGUCGACAAACAAGUCAUUGCUUUCGCCAUUUAAAAACUAGCUAGAAUUAUUAGGGACCUUUCGCAUCGGUACGAAAACGAACUCCAACGUGCGAUAAUAGCUAGAUAGCGUUAAUUUCCACUCCAUGAACUUCUCGGUCAAGGCAAAGUUUUCAAUGGAUUUUUUGGCAAAUGUACAACAAAUCAAGCAGAAUAUUGCUUUUGAACACAUUCUACAAACUGUGCACAAUCAAAAAUAUACACAAAGCCUGGAUAAAUGAGGGAAUAUUCAAUACAAAUAUGAGACAAGAAACAUAUUCGUUUGCAUACCUACGUAAAUUCAGCUCCAUACUGGCCGAACACUCAGAUUGACGUCACAAGUACACACAAAUCGAUGACGUUUUCGUACCGAUGCGAAAGGUCCCUAUUAUGAUUUAAACUGCAUAACAUACAUUUCACGGCCGCCAUUACAAACUGUUGAUAACAGAGAUGUUUACUCACUUGUACAGACACUAGCCGAUUGUAGUUUUUAUUUUACCCCUCUGAAUAUUAUGUAUAGCUUGAUCAUCUGUAAAUUAUUCCUUAGUAUUUUUUUUAAAAAAAACAAAUAUUUUAAUCCAUGUAAAUAUAAGUAUAUUUUUUGUGAAAACGAUCUAUAUUAAUAAUAUAAGAUGUAUAACAUGUUCUUAUUUUUAAAAAAAGAAAAUUGUUAUAGCUUUAGUGUUGCCAAUUUAGUAUUUAUUGUUUUGUAUUGUCUUUAUUUUUA